AUGCGCCCCUCGAUACAAGCUGAGCAGGCUAAAGCAAAAGCUGCCAAGGCCUCAGCUUGGAAGAAUGCAGUUCCCGUCCCCGGGAAAUUGACUGGGGUGGCUCCUGGCACAGCCCUCCAGUUCGAUUUAUAUGACCCUUCUCUCACCAUUGAAGUUCUGUUCGGCAACACGCUGAGCGGCGCUUCCCUGCUGGAAGCCAUCCUGUCCUGGUACCUGGAUGCGGAGCUCGACGUACCGUGGUUCACGGAAGGCGAGACGGGCGGCCCAGGCACCAGAAACGUGAUCCGUUCGCCCCUAUCGCGCGACCUGCAGGAAUGCACCGUGGCACGUUACGUGGAGCGGAUAAAGGAGGAGGGGCUCUCCCAAAUUGUGGCAGGAGAAGCCAUUUUCCGAUGGAGGACCGCCGACAAGCAGUUCCCUUUGUUGGCCGGUGGCUUCAACCACCGUGCCGAAGCGCUUUAUCGUUGCGCUGCCGACUUCGGCGAGAACGAAAAUGUGAGAGACGCGCUGAAACGUGGGCUGCGGAAAGUGAAGGUCCUUCAUUGGGGAACGCCAGAUGCUAUUUUCAGCAAAGUCGUAAGCCUGCUCAAUCAGUUCCAUCAUGGGUCCGGGUGCAACCACUGGGAUCUACUUGCAGAGGCCAUUGCGGAGUUCAGCUGUGCUCGUGUGCAUGUCACAGGUCUCCCGGCGCUCAAGCUGGAAGCAGCGUGGCGUGCAGAAUGCUGCGUGACGCGGCUGAACACUUACAAUCCUAAAUAUCCACAAGCCUACGCAGACUUCAUCAGCAGCAAGUCCAGCUCUGGCGAGUUUAAUGGGUGGUUCAAGCAGCAGAACCCCUACCUGAACGUGCUGUCGCUGGCUCACAACCUUCAACAACUGGAGAUCUACGACGACCUCCUCGCUUGGAGCAAUGCACACGUAGAUUAUUUAGACCCCACCUACAAUGCGCAGCAGUGCGUGGGCCAGAUGCACGCGCUCACGGUGAUGCUCAUGGGCAGCCAGAAGAAGUUUGUCGAGAGGCCUGUGCUGAAGAUGAUGGUCCUUGAGGCAUUGAAAGCCUGUGCUUCGAACUCAGUUUCCUCAAUUUCUCAAUCGAUCGGUCUCAUUGUCACCUGCACUUGCGCUGCACUGUUUCACUGUGUUCAUGCGCUGCUGUGUUAG